AUGUCCAAUAACUCCAGUAAAAGAGGAAUUUCACCAACUUCUAAGCCAAAUAAAAGGUCCAAAUCUGUAACCCCUACAACUGACGACUUAGUGCUUGACAAUGUCGAACCUUUAACUACUGAAAAAUAUGUGUAUUGUACACAAAUGUCUCUAUCGUCACCAGAUUCUCCAUGUCGCAGCCCCUCUAUCUUUACGUGCAGUAUGCCAACGGUAAGACUGGUUGACAUACAAGACACUAUACCUACGUGCAUCGAAAAGUCAGCACAGUCUACUAGACAGUAUGUGCUACCAAGGCCUAAAUCUAAAAUUUCAAAAACUAAAGAGUCCAAUGGUCCACCUCAUACACACCAAAAUACUGAUAGAUAUAGUAAUGACAUCCGACAGCUACAAAACUCUCUAUCCGAAAUUAACGGCAAACUUGAGCAAUUAGCACCCCUCACUCAUAUAUGGGGCCUUGAUACAGACAGAAAUCUUGAGCAACUCACUAAAGCUGAGUGUAUUUUGGAGUUUGUGGCUGAAGAAGUGACGAAGAGAGUGAUGUCCUCCUUCAAUGCAGUUGUGUACAACCUCCCCGACCGCACACACCCAUCUAAGUUAAGGGAUAUUUGCCUUAGAGCAUGCGGUAUGCCGAACGUUAACUGCAAAGUCAUCCGCCUUAGAAAAAAGUCAGACAGAUCGACUUGCCCCCUUUUGUUUAUGUUUGGCUGUUGUAACGAUGCUAAGCAGUUUAUUAAUUUGAGCAAAAAUAUUAGCUCACUAAUUCCAUACAAGAAUAUAAAAGUCACUCCAGACCUUACGCCCUGUCAACGUCGUGUAAGAAGACGCGAAGCGAUAGAAUUGAAUGGGAGUGUUACAGUUAAUAAUCAGCCAGAGACAGUUUGCAACACAGCAAAUAGUUUAAAACACACGAACAAUAAGCAUGACACCACUCCACAUACGGCUGAUCACUCUGUUGAUCUAGAUGAGUCUACAGAUCAGAAACCUUUGGAUAAGAUACGGACCCCAACUGACACCAAAAACCAUAACGACAUGACUAAUCCCAGCUGUUCGUUCAGUAAUGUACUAAAAUGUGAGUCGUGUAACAACACACAUCCAACUAAACCUAUACACUUGAAAAUUUGUCCUCCUAAAGAUAUUCCACAAGUAGACUUGAAUGAACGUAAGUUCAUCUCACAGAGACAACGAAAGACUCCAGCUCUGAAAAUAAAGGGUGGGAAGACAAAACUCAUGAUACCGAAUAGGGAAACACGUAAGAUUGAACCCAACUGCUCUAUAGGUAUCCCAAGAACAGUGAACAGGUUCUCCCCGCUGCUAUCGUAUAACUUGCCUUCAACACCUCCAAGUUGCAAAAAGGGUGGUGGGCUUCAACGUAGCAAGCCUUCUUACACGCAGACUAACGAAAACUACCAGAGAACUGGCCACCCAAAUCACCCCCUGAAGCCUAAAACCAUGAAUAAGAAUGGUAAUAAUAGGUUUCUCACUCCACACCCUACCUACAUUCCCCAGGAUCGCAACUGUAAUUACUCUCAGAAAGAAAACUUCUCACACCCUUUAGUACCGACCCAUCACAUAACAACGGCUCCCAUGUAUAACAGCAGUCGCAACUCCUCCCAGUUACGCGUAGCAGACCCCUCUCACGCUAACGUAAAUAGCCAUAACAGGGGCUACGAGUCUAACCAUCAAGACUAUUUUGUAAAUAACCAUACACUUCACAGUAGGCCUGUACAAGAUUUUUUUGGAAUAAGACCCCUAGUGACACCUCUGUUGAAGCAUAUAGCCCAGGUUAUUUCAAACCACAUGCAAACCAUAAAUUUGUUUCCUCCGUACAGUUUCCACCAGAGAGUACUCCCACCCUUUCCUCCUGGGUAA